CAGAGAGAGAGGAUGUCUAUGGAUAUCAGUUUAUGGGAGCAGAAAUUUCAAGAACUGAUCCGAGAGAAAAAGCCUCAGGCAAGAUGGACACUGAAGUUGAAUGGGAAGCUUCAGCCAGACUGUGUGGCUCCAGGGUGGAAGCAAUACCAGCAGAAUGCCUUUGGCAGGUUCCAAUGUUCCUCGUGCUCACGAAAAUGGGCUUCUGCCAAAGUGCAAGUCCUCUGCCAUAUGUACCAGGAGCCCCCAAAGUCCCAGGGCCAGGUGCUAAUGCGGCUGUUUGCUCAGAGGUGUAAGAAGUGCCUUGGGUCCCAAUUUGAGAAGCCAGAGUUCUCUUCUGAGAACACCAUGAGGAUUCUUCACAACCUGGUGCAGCGUAUUCUGGACAGAUUCUAUAGAACCAGAGACUGGACAGCUCACGACUUACCAGUGAUUAUAGAGGUACCUUUGGAAGGGUCCCAUGACAUAGCCAAUUGUGAAGCAUGCUUUCUGGGCUUCUGUGUCAUGCGCUCCAUGACUGAGCCCCUCACAAACCCACCUUCCAACCAGAAGUUUGGGAAUUUCUCCACUACUACUGGUGACAUAGUUGUCCAAAACCGAGCCAGGAACCAUUUAGCUGAAGCAAGACUGCACCCAGCACAGGACUUGAGAGCACACGGACAGACGGUCGGACAGACAAGCACAGUCCCCACCUUUCAUUUGGACCCCCUGGCGCCCUCUUCGUCUGGUCAUGAGAAAGUGGUUGCCUGA